AUUCAAUAUUUUUGGUUUCUCAAGAUAUGUAUAAGAGUUUUUAAAAAACAGUAAAAAUGUUUGUAACCAAAAGAUUGCGUUCACAGUGGUCAUCACUUUUGAAUUUGCCGUUGUAUGUAAAGCACUACAACGUAGCUGUGGUCGGUGGAGGUAGCGAGAUGGGACAAGUGGCCUGCAUGCUACUUCGUGGAGAACCUAACAUCACAAAGCUGACUAUUCACGACACGUUACCGUACAUUACGGGAACCAUCAUGGAUAUAUCGCACAUUCCGUCAGAACCCAAAAUUAAAGGUUUCACUGGCGACACUAAUCUGUACAAAGCUAUAGAAGAUGCCGACAUUAUCUUAGCAACCGGUGGAAUCUGCGAAACACCUGGUAUACCGAACAAAGACAUAUUCUUAACAAACACGACUUUUAUUAAAAAUUUUGCAAAGGCUGUAUCCGGCCUUCGACAUAUACCGUUCGUGGGCAUCGCUACCGAGCCGAUUAACACUCUUGUGCCAAUAGCCGCAGAAAUAAUGCGGUGUAGCGGAGAUUUGUCGCUAAAUAAGUUAUUCGGAAUAACAGGUAUCGACGCUCUCCGAGCACAAACUCUUUACGCGACCAAAUGCAAUUUGAACGCCAAUAAUUGCACUGUUCAUGUAAUAGGUGGGCAUUCAGAAAAGACUAUGGUCCCAUUGCUGUCUCAGGCGAUGCCUCUGGUAAAUCUGGAUCAGGCUCUCAUUCAAGAGUUAACAAUGAAAAUUCGGAGUGGGGAUGAAAUUAUUACCGACGCUAAAAAUGGACACGGUCCUGCGUUAGCAAAUGCCUACGGGGUGUUGUUGUUUACUCGUGCUAUAUUGAGAGCUCUGGAUGGAAAACUGACCCCAGUGCAUGCAUACGUGGAAAACAACGACUUCGGAACAUCAUUCUUCUCAGGACUUGUGUACGUGGAUAAGAACGGCGCGGGCGAAAUGGCCAGGUACACGAACUUGUCCGAAUUCGAAUGCGACUUGUUGGAAGAGAGCAUUAAUUCUUUGAGAAUCGCUAUUGAUUCGAGCAAGAAAGUAGUAGAAGUAGACCACUAGAUUCCACACAACGCGUGACAAGAUUUUCUGAACUACCAGUGUAAUGAAAUUCAGAACAGUCUUCUUAGUGUUUCAUCUACUGCUUAGUUA